GCAUCUGUGCAGUGUCAGUCCAGAAGCUUCCAGCGCAGAGCACAACCAGUAUUAUUAACUAUUAUUAACUAUUAUUCAACCAACUUUGUCUCUGUCGGUUCGUCAUGGACACCCAAAGGUAUCCUAUCAGCGUGGGUUUGAUCGGAGUGAUGCAGAAGGAGAAGAACAAACUGUACAUGGCCUCCGUGCUUUGGUCAGACCAGAAUGAGAUUGUAGUUUACAGGUCUUUAAAGGAUUUCAAGAAAAUGCAUAAACAAGUGAAGAAAGCAUUCCCAGGCUCGAAAAAGUCAGACAGGAUCAUCCCCAAAUUUCAAGACAAAAAGGUGAACAUGAGCAGCCAGAAGAAGGGUCCGACCAAGUCACUAGAGCUCCUCAAGUUCUUGCAGAAAUACUGUAAUGAACUCCUGAGCUGCGACCCGAGGGUCACUCAGCAUGCAGACGUCAUCCAGUUCUUCCACCCCAACGACCAAGACCUGCAGCCGGACUUUGCCAAGAACAGCAUCAUGAUCAUGCCACCAGACAAUGAAGUCAAGAAUGCAGUACAGGGCGGCGGCGUCAACGUAACACAGCCAUUCGUCACCGAGACGUACAGAUGCGUGGCAACGUACGACACCAAAGACACCAAGAACAAACCCUUCAAAGUGGCGGUGGAUGAAAAAGUAGACGUGCUCAUCAAAGACAAAGCCGGGUGGUGGCUUGUGGAGAAUGAAGACAAAAGGAUGGCCUGGUUCCCCGCACCCUACCUGGAGAAGGUAGAUGAUGAUGAUGAUGAUGAGGAUGAAGACGACAUAGAUGGGGCUUCUGAAAGAGGAAUGCUGUACAUUGCAGUCAAGAGCUACAAGGCAACCAAAGAUGACGAGAUAAGCGUGGCCAUCGGUACAGUGGUGGAGGUCCUGCAGAAGUCGGACAACGGCUGGUGGCUCAUCAGAUACAGUGGUAAAGCAGGUUACAUCCCUACCAUGUACCUGCAGCCCUACAACAACCCUCAUAUGCUCAAGCCAGUCCACAAUGAGUAUCAUCGCGCCUCCUCCCCAAGCCAAUUUCUCUCCCCAAUCCUGCAGUCCAACAACAAGCUCAGCCUCUCACACGGAAACCUGCUGGAAAUUCCACCCGUCAGAUCUUCCACACCCAGCCAGCAAAAACCAUACAUAAAGCCCAGAUCACGCUCUUUUGACAUAAAUUCUGAACAACUUCCUGGUCGGCCUGCAUCAAGCCACGCUGACAAGCCUGCUAGCGUUUCCCCCUUACCUAGGACUGGAAAGCUCACCCCUCCACCCACAAUCAUGGUGGAGACUUACGGAGAAGAUAGGGAGCGUGCGAUGAGCCAGAGAGCAAAUAGCGACGCAAGCAUUAUAAGUGACAGCGGCGACAGCAGCGACUUCAGCGAUGACCUGAAUUCUUCCUGGGCGAGCUCCUCGUCUUUCAACCUGACUCAAAGCUACAACGAGGAACAGAUGCAUCUCAGCCGUACGCCUCCCCCUACGCUGAACAACUACCUCAGCCCGACAAGCCCACAGGGGGAAAUGAAGCCCAGUGUCUCUGAUCCCAACCUCUACAAGGGCCCGACAACACCUAAGGUGCCACCCAGACCGCAGGCCCAGGAGAUCCUCACCCGGUGUUCCAGCAUCACCCGCAAGAACGCAUCCAGAGGCCGCCUGUCACCCUCACAAACUGAGAUAAUGAGUCGAUGAAGUUUAUAUUGAUAAUUUUUAUUAUUCAGGAACUUAAUCUAUUCUGUGGCCCAAAGAUGGAGUUCUGCGAAUUACAUCUGCUUGUGAACUUGACUUAAAAAUAAAACAGUUCACACCGUGUGUAAAGAGUUGCAGUGUAGUUUAACUAUGACAUAAGAGGUGAUGCAGCAGAUGCACUGAGGUGACCAUGGGAAAAUUCAAUAGCUACUGAACUUUCUAAUGAAGUUGUGUUGAUAGAAAUGUGUCUUGUUAAUGGUGUUUGUAAAUCUUUGAAGAUAGAUUGCCAAGAAGAAUGCAGAAAAUGUACAAUGUACAAAGGCUUUCAGAAAAAUAAGUAAAUAUAUAUGUAUAUAUAUAAAUAAGAUAAUUAAUCAGGAAACAUUUAACAUUCAUAAUGCACCUCUAUACUGUCGGUUUUGAAUGAUCCUUUAUUUUCCAUAUUGGAAAUCCUUUUGUUGUGCCUUAUAUGCAUUUUGACUUUGAGAGGGAGGUUGAUUGGUUCUCGUGACGACGGUAAAUGUCUGUGUGUGAGUGUGCGGGCUGUUCUGUUUCCUGCUAAAGCAUGUUUACUGUAAACUCAACUUAAAGAAUAUGAUGUGUGCUAAUAACACUGCAUAUACACUACAGAGUCUGACCAUGUAAAUUACGGGUGUAUUCACAUGUUACUGAUGAGCUUGUUACAAAUAAAAACAUUUUUGUGGAACUUGA